UGAAUAGACAACACACCUUCCAUCUUCUUCACCAACAAGAAGCACUAGACUUCAGACUUGCCAUGGAACUUACAAGAUUAAUGACUCUUCUUUCAAUCCCAGUUCACAUAUUUUACUGUUGUUGUACUAUAGUAUUUUGCACAGCCAUAAACACAAUUACAUCAACUCAACCCAUCAAUGACCCUGAAGCUAUAGUCUCCAAUGGAGCCACCUUCAAAUUGGGAUUUUUUAGUCCUGUUAAUUCUACUUACCGGUAUGUAGGUAUCUGGUACAACCAGAUCUCUGUGAAGGCUGUGGUAUGGGUCGCCAAUAGAGAUAAACCUCUUAAUGACUCUUAUGGGACUCUGACAAUAUCCAAGGAUGGCAACCUUGUGGUCUUGGAUAGACAGAAACAGAUUGUUUGGUCAUCAGAUGUUCCAAAUUCUUCGGUGAAUUCAACUGCCCAGCUUUCAGAUUCUGGAAACCUUAUCCUGCGAGAUGAGUCCAAUGGAAACAUAAUAUGGGAGAGUUUUGAUCACCCUUCGGAUUCUAUGUUGCAGGAGAUGAAAAUUAGUAGCAACAGGUUUACAGAUAAGAAGACUCAGCUGAAAAGCCCUUCAGAUCCAUCCACUGGAAAGUUCACUUCUGGCAUCAACCCUCUGAAUAUUCCAGAAAUUUAUAUAUGGAAUGGUAGUCAUCCAUACUGGCGCAGUGGUCCAUGGAAUGGCCAGUCUUUUAUUGGCAUACCUGCAAUGGUUCCUGUAUACAAUAAAAUAUAUGAAUUUGUAGAUGAUAAAAAAGGAAAUGUAAUUUUAAGUUACAAUUAUGUCAAUGAGUCUUCUCUGUCAUACCAUUCCUUGUGUUCUGAUGGAACUCUUGGGAGGAAGGAGAAGAUAAAAGGAAAGGAGACUUGGGAAAAUACGUGCUCGGUGCUAAAUACUGAAUGUGAUAUUUAUGGCAAGUGUGGUCCUUUUGGAAGCUGCAAUGUGAAGGGUUCACCAAUAUGCACCUGUUUACAAGGGUUUGAUCCAAACGAUAAGGAGGAAUGGAGUAGAGGAAAUUGGACCAGUGGAUGUGUAAGGAGGAGACAAUUGCAGUGUGAGAGAAACAACACUGGUGGUGGAAAGGGUAAAGAAGAUGGGUUUCUAAAGCUAAUGACAGUGAAAGUGCCGGCAUUCGCUGAGUUGGUUUUUGAUGCGGAAGACAACUGCAAAAGCCAGUGCUUGAAUAAUUGUUCUUGUAUAGCAUAUGCGUAUUGUAGUGGCAUUGGUUGUAUGCAGUGGAGUGGAGACUUAAUUGACAUACAGAAAUUUUCCUAUGGUGGAGCAGAUCUGUACAUUCGUAUCGCAUAUUCAGAACUUGAGAAAAACAGAAGCACAAAAGUAGUAAUCAAAAUUGCAGUGCUCGUAGGGUCAGUAACCAUUGCAAUCUGUACCUAUUUUUUAUGGAGGAGGAUGGCUAGACCAGGAGGAAGGAAGAAAGAAAGCGAGAUGUCGCUGCCUAAGAAAAGGAAAGUGAAUCCCUAUUGUUUGAAUGAAAGCUUGCAUGGAGACAAUGUAAACAAAAUUAAACUGGAAGAGCUAUCCAUUUUCAGUUUUGAGAUGCUGGAAAUUGCAACAAACAAAUUUGAUGUCGCCAAUAAGCUCGGGCAGGGUGGCUUUGGUCCAGUGUACAAGGGAAAAUUGCAAUCUGGACAAGAAGUAGCUAUUAAACGGCUUUCAAGAUCCUCCGGACAAGGGCAUGAGGAGUUUAUGAAUGAGGUUGUGGUGAUUUCUGAACUCCAGCACCGUAAUCUUGUUAGACUUCUUGGCUGCUGUGUAGAAGGAGAAGAAAAGAUGUUGAUCUAUGAAUACAUGCCAAAUAAAAGCUUAGAUGGAUUUCUUUUUGAUCCAAUCAAGCAAAAACUUCUAGAUUGGAGAAAACGUGCCAACAUUAUUGAAGGGAUUGGCCGUGGCCUUCUUUACCUUCAUAGAGAUUCCAGAUUAAGGAUUAUUCACAGAGAUCUUAAGACGGGCAACGUUCUAUUGGAUGAAGAUUUAAAUCCAAAAAUUUCAGAUUUUGGCAUGGCAAAGAUUUUUGGAGGUAACCAAAAACAAGCCAACACUAGAAGGAUUGUUGGAACCUACGGCUAUAUGGCCCCUGAAUAUGCAAUGCAUGGGAGAUUUUCGAAAAAAUCUGAUAUCUUUAGCUUUGGAGUAUUGUUGUUAGAGAUUGUAAGUGGGCGAAAAAACACUAGCUUUUAUAAGGAUGAGCACUCUUUAACCCUUCUAGGAUUUGCCUGGAAAUUGUGGAAUGAAGAUAGGAUUGAAUUGCUAAUAGAUCCAACAAUUUCUGAUCCAUGCUUUCAAGUUGAGAUCUUGAGAUACGCACAUGUAGGACUGUUGUGCGUGCAAGAUUUCGCAACUAAUAGGCCUACUAUUUCUACUGUUCUAUCAAUGCUUAGUAGUGAAAUUGCUAAUCUUCCAACUCCGACACAACCUGCAUUUACUGAUAUAUUGGGCCUAUCAAAUAAACGAUCUUCUCAACUGACCCGAAGAAGGAGAUUUUCUGCAAACAAUGUAACUCUAACAACCAUUGAUGGCCGUUAGCAUACAAUUCUUGUGAUUUUUUCUCUUACUAUUAUCCCUUAAGAACACUUUUAUUGUAUAUAAAGACUAUAGUUAAGUUCAAAGUUCAAACAUAAUUAUGUUC